CGAGUGGUGUAUCAAUUUUGAAUCCCAGGCAAAGAAACAAACGGCGCAAGAACAUCGUAAAGACGUAAACAACAGCAGGAUCAGGAGCGCAAAACGAACGAGAAAUGGAGCAGCAACAGCAGCAACAGCAACCAACACCGCAAGCCUCGUCGCCGGUGUCGUCCCGGCCCAAGGGAGCCGCUCUGCCACCGGUCCCCAGCUCCGCCUCGGCAGCCCCCGCAGCAGCAGCCAUAGCCGCGGCCACCACCGCGGCGGCGAAGCCUGCCGGCGGGRUUCCGCCGCUCCCGGGAGGCAACCCGAGAAAGCGGCCCGCUCCGGUCGCGGGAAGCGGGGGGACCCGCCGCGAGGCCCCGGCGGGGGCGGCUCCGGGAGGCGGCGGUGCCACSGCUCCGCCAUCGGCCCAGCCGCAGCGCGUCGGGAAAGACGGGGAGCCCCUCAGCGAGAAGAAGCUSCGGCGGCUGGAAAAGAACCGGCUCUCGGCGAGGGAAUGCCGCCGGCGAAAACGAGAGGCGACGGAAAACAUGCAGGGRCAAAUCAACCAGCUGGAGAGCGAGAACCUGAGGCUGCGGCUCCAGUUGCAGGUGAGUACGAGUACUACGGGAGUUAGGAGAUGCAUCUCAUCGCAUCGACACCGUGCACGAAAGAGUCUCCGUUUUUGAAUCAACUGUGUUGAAAUUGAAAUGCGAUUCCAUUGUGUCACCUGACCCUCUUUUUUGCAUGCAUUCCRUGCACUCAAUUUGCGACACACGAUUUCAAUUCAUGGGUACGUCUAAUUCAAUACGAAACAAAACGAAACCAUUCCRCCCAACAAUGUUGCUUCGCUCCAGGUCGGCGAAGAGGCGGAACAAACCAACCACCAGAAACAGAUCGAUAGCACCAAGGUCCUGGACGAGUUGCUCAAGAGUGGGAAGGCCUCCGAGUCGGAGAUCUACGCAAAGAUCGAGGAAUACAAAGAAAAAUUCGCCGACUACGGGCGGGACCGGAGGUCGGCYAUGGAAUUCCACCUCCGGAACGUCGAGCGGUUGCUCAUGCCGACGCAGACGACGAGCUUCAUCAUGAACACCCUCAAGGACAGCAGCGGGGAGGCGGUCACCGAAGACACGCACRGRGCACCCCCCCAGCAGGUURCGAACCAUUCUCCUGCAGUGCCCGGUCCCGCCCCCGUCUCGGGCAGCGGCAGCCCCUCACCGGAGGCCCCCCCCGCCCAGGCGGCCCCAAAGACGUCCAAGGAGCUCUUCACCCUGCUGGUCCGGAAGCUCGAGGUGACGCCCGCACAGGCCGCCGCCCUGAAGGACUCCCGCUUCGUGGCCGAGGAAAUGGACCAGACCCUCCGGGAGACCCUGACGGUCCUAAAGGAUCUGAGGAAACGCCUGGCCCAGUGCGGGCAGGACCUGGAAACGGAGUUCCACUGCAUCCGCCAGAUACUGACCCCCAGCCAGUCGGCCAAGUUCCUGGUGUGGGUCGCUCGGAACAAGGCCUGCAUGCACAUGCUGAACGAGCUKUGGAGCAAGAACUAUCCCACGUCGGACAAGCACGUGCCGGGAGCCGCCGCGACUGGAUCGAUCUCGGCGUCCGCGUCCGKUGACGAAUGAGACCGACACACCGCAUUCACRGAGCACACACAACUAAAUCAAAAACAAGCAAAAKU